ACAACAACAGCAACUGUACCAACAACAACAACAACAACAACAACUACACCGCCAACAAAAGCAACAACAACAACUGCAGCAACACCAACAACAACAGACAAAGACACAACAGAAUCAACUUCACCGGGCACCUGGGAAAUUACGCAAAUCAGUAAAUAUUCAAGUUCUGCACAUACAGUAAUACCAAUAACUUCUGCAAAGACAACAAAUAUCGCUAUUGGUGUAACCGGAGGUAUCUUAUUCUUGCUUCGAAUGUUGAGUUUCGUCUUCAUAUACCACAGGAAGCUGAGGAAAACAAAACACCCACAAGACACAGUAGAUACUGAAGAACUGAAAAUGACCGAGAACAUUCUUUAUGGAAAUCAACAGUUUACCACCGAUCAUGGAGGAAACGACGAACGAGUUAUGAGGGAAAAUACACUUUAUGGAAAUUAUGAGCAUGUCCUCGACGAGCAAGAAAAAAAUGAGAAAGUAACCAAGACGAACGAAUUGUAUGGAAACUAUGACAAACAAAUAGGUUCCUCUUUCGGUAUCACGGAGAAUGAAGCAAAAGCAACAGAAAAUAACUUGUACGAGUGCUGCAAGGGAGCUAGCGAAGAUGCGGAAACGAAAAUUAAUGUACUGUACGAGCAUCUGGAUGGCGAUAAGGAAAUCAAAUCCCGAAAAUCAACAUCUCUCGCGGAAGAUGAUAUCGAAACCCACAGGGAAUAA